UUCACUUUGGCACGAGGGUAAACAAGCGAUGAACUUGAAGUGAGGCUUAUAAUUAAAAAAACUUUCGGUUUGCUCGCCCAAAAUGCCGGAACGCGGCUCACCGAGGCUAGGAAGACCCCGGCCAGGGUCCCGACACCGCUGUGCGUCCAUGUCUCUUAUCCACGAUGAGUCGGAAGCGGCGAACGAAGGCACCCCACUGUUGCUCGGUACCUCCGUCCCACAGCCAGGGAAUCCUGUCGCCCGACUUCUGGCCGAGGCAGGCUCAAGGAACUAUGGGGCGCCGUACCAGCAAAUUCCUACAGAGCCAGAGAUGCCUCCUCAGGCCAAGGGAAGCCACUGCCAUAACAAGUUCAGAACGGCCAAUGAGGUGGAUCGUAGGGCGCGAAGAAAGCUAAUUAUGGCAAGCGUGCUGUGUCUCGCUUUUACCAUUGGAGAAGUUGUGGGUGGCGCUCUAGCUGGUAGUCUUGCUAUCAUGACUGACGCCUCCCACAUGAUGACGGACUUCGCCAGCUUCAUGAUCAGUUUGUUUGCGUUGUACAUUUCAUCUCGUCCUGCGACCAAAAAGAUGAGUUUCGGAUGGUAUAGAGCAGAGGUGAUGGGGGCUGUUGUAUCAGUGCUGAUGAUAUGGAUAGUAACAGGAGUACUGGUAUACCUGGCCAUUCAGAGGUGUAUCCAUGAGGACUACGAUAUAGAUGCCAAGGUCAUGUUGAUCACAGCAGGAGUGGGCGUGGCAGUCAACUUGAUUCUGGGAUUAACACUAGGUGGACAUGGACACAGUCAUGGCGGCAUGUCACACUCGCACUCUUCCACGGAAUCCUUGUCACAUGUGCACACCAACCAUAGCCAUAGCAUCAAUGAUGGUGACUCGGAGUCUGAUUUGUCCAACUCGCCAGUUGAAUAUAGGAGUCAACACAGUCACACACAUGAUGAAAAUAUUAACGUCAGAGCAGCAUUUAUACAUGUCCUCGGAGACCUUCUGCAGAGCAUUGGUGUUUUGAUAGCUUCUUAUAUUAUAUAUUUUAAGCCUGAAUGGAAGAUAGCAGAUCCCAUUUGCACUUUCCUGUUUUCAGUUCUGGUUUUGUUCACUACUAUAUCAGUGAUGAAAGAUGCAGUGUAUGUUUUAAUGGAAGCAACUCCAAGAAAUAUUGACUUCAAGGCUGUAAAGCAGAGUUUUCUAGAAAUCCCCGGAGCCAGGGAGGUGCAUAAUCUACGAAUAUGGUCCCUAACUACAUCAAAGCUUGCCCUAGCAGUUCAUAUAGCUAUAGAUUUAAAACAAACUGACUAUGAGACUGUCCUGCGUCAGUCAUCAUUGCUGAUACAGCAGAUGGGCAUACAGGAGCCCACGGUACAGGUGGAGGCGUACCAAGACGACAUGGACGACUGCUCGCAGUGUCAAGACCCUGACUCUGACUAAACUUAGCUUAAAUGACACACAUUUUUUUGGUUUCAUCAAGUUUUUUGAUGAGAUCCAGACAGACUGAAGUGAACUCGGAUUAGAUGACAUGCAUUUUCUUUGGAUUGAUCAAAAUUUUAUUAGGCAACAUCAUGACUCUAAUGGAACUCAGUUGGCACAAGAGAAUGACCCGUGCAAUUUUUUUUUUUUUUUUUUUG